CAAACCGAUUAAUCAGAUUCAGAUUCCACAAAUUUUUUUAUUCGAUUACUUGAUAACGUUUUAAUAAAUAAAAUAUUUAUAGUAAUGUCUAAUGUAAAUGAUACUGAAUAUACACAUACUGUUUAUAAAAAUAACCCGCUGCUUUUCAAAAGUUAUAUAAACAAACAUGUGAUGAUAACUGCCGAUGACUCAAGUGUUCAUCAAGGAAUUGUUUACACCGUUGACCCGGUGUCCGAAAGUGUUAUUUUAUUAGAACCAGAUGACGAUGGAAAAUUCAAUGGCAAAAUAAUAAUUGGUCACUCGAUUCGUAAUAUUGAAGUAACAACAACCGCAGGAAUCGAUUUACCAGAUUUGUUUCCAGUAGUUGAAAAAAAAUUAACAGCCGCUGAAUUAAAUGAACGCCGUGAAAAAAUAAAACAAUUAUUGACUACCAAUCUUCUGAAUCCUGUUGAAAACAAUGGGAUCCUAGAAAUUCAAGGAAUGUUUUCAAUAGAACCUCCCUAUGAACGUGAAAAUUGCAUUUGCACCAACCCCGUGGUCAUGAGUCGGUUACUAAGUAUCAUUUUUCCAGACUCUAUAAGUUAAUUUAGUUUAAUUAUAAAAAUAUAAAUUAAUUAAUUAGUUGAGUGAUUAAUAAAUUAGUUAAAUUAAUUGUCUUUAUUCAGCAUUUUAAUGUGCAUUUUGAAAAAAUUUUAAUUAUUACAACAAAAUAGUCUAUAUAUUUUAUACAUUUAUAUAUAUUUUAAAUCUUAAGCAGAAGUUUUACAAAAAUAACAGUGUUAGGAAUGUAGGACAAUCUAAUUUUACAAUGUCGAUAUUUUUAAAAAUAUUAUUUGUAUAUAUUAAUGAUAAUAAUUAAUUGUGAUCAAUUUCCAGUAUAAUUAGUUAACUUAUUAAUAAUUAGUUAAUUGAUAAUAAAAAUAAAAUGGUAAUAAUUUAACGCGGUAUAUCUAUUGUGCGUGAAAUUAUAUAUAAACAAUAAUAAUUGUAAUCUCUAAACAAUGUACACGAUAAAAAAUAACACAUUUUAAAUAAUUAAACAAGCUUGUAUGAACAUUUUGUUGGUUUAAUAACGACAAGUUUUGUACUACAGCUCUUUUUAAAAUUCUAUUGUGACAAAUAUUUUAGAAGCUUUAUAUCAAAACGGAAAGUGUUUUUUAAAUUCCAAUAAAUGCCUUUUAGAAUUGAAUUUUUUUAUAAGAGAAUUUGUCAUUAUUUAUAUAAUUUAUUUUACUGCGCGGCUUGGCUUGUACCUUUGAUGUAAAUACCCACUAACUUUUAUUAUCUUGAACUUUUUUUUUUUAUUAUCUAUGAACUUUUUUUUUAACCUUGAGGGAAUUUUUUUAAUAACUUCAAUCAAAGCCGAAUAUUUUUAAUUUAAAACUCAGGCGGUUCUUUAUGGUCUGGAACCUUGGCCCGGCGCCUGCUAUAUACCCGGAAAAAAUUUUAAUUCUUAAUAAAUUUAAAAGAAAAUAAGUGAAUAACUAAAACAAUAUACAAAAAAUGCAUGAAUUAACCAAUGUGCUGAUUAAAGUGAAAUUUAAGUGAACAGAUCUUAAUAUUUCGAUUAUAAACAAUCUUUGUAAAUAAUAUCAAUAGAAAUAAAAAAAAAAUGUAUCAUUAGUUAAUAAGAAAUAUAGGUAAAUAUCGAUUUUAUCAUACUUUCUGUCUGCAGUAAAUGUGCGUGUGUAAAUUUUGUGUGCGUGCAGUUUGAUACCAUUUAUUUUUAUUUAUAUUUCUUAUUAAUUAAUAAUUGAUUUUUUUUUGUUAUUUAUAUUAAUAAUAUUUAUAAAGAUUAUUCAUAAUCGUUACAUUUAAAUUUGUUCCAUUGAAUUUCAUUUUAAUCAGUACACUUGAUAAUUCAUGCAUUUUUUUUUUUGUUAUUUACUUUUUUUCUAAAACAUUUAUUAUAAAUUAAAAUUUUUUCGGGUCUCACAGUGCCCGGGUGGCGAAUCCAAACACAUUAUUUUCUAGCCGAUCCGAAUUACGAUAUUUACCGUAAAUUACCUAUUUUGCCGCAAAAUACCAUAAUGCUACCGCAAAUUUGCUACGGUACAAUACUUUACUUUACGGUAAAAUACCGUAAUUUUGCAAUAAUUCUGCACGUUUACGACGUAAUGCCGAAAUUUUGGUACCCUCACUUAUUUUCCGAUGACAAAAUAUCCGAAGACAUUUUAUCCGAUAGACGAAAUAUCCCCGGACUAAAUACUCAAUAGAUAAAAUAUCCCCGAAAAAAUAUCUUAUAAUAUAAAUACUUUUCAUAUAAAUAGUACGGUACCCUUUUAUCAGAAAUGUUUAAUAUAUUUGCACAUAAAAUUUAAGUGUGUGAUAUUAAAAAUAGAUCAACACAUGUGUUUGAAAUCGUACUGUGCCCUUUUUUCACAGAUUUUGGGUGGGUGUUAUUUUGGAAAUAGGUCAACACAUAUGUUUGGAAUGGUACAGUACCCGUUUAUUGAAAACCAUUAAUUAUUUUUUCACUUAAAAUAUAUUUUUCUGAGUAAGAUUUAUCGACAGGAUAUUUUGUCACGGAUUUUUUGUCUCUUAAAUAUUUAGUCCGGGGAUAUUUUGUCUAUCGGAUAAAAUGUCUCCGGAUAUUUUAUCCGCGGAUUACAAGUCGUGCUACCGAAAUUUUACCGCACUUUCACCGGAAAAUACCACUGGGUUGCCGCAAAUUUACGGUAAGUUAUUACUUCUUUACUGUAAAAUACCGCACUUCACUGCAUUUUUACCAAAAUUCAUCCGAAUACCAUAUUUUCAUAAUUUACAGUGAAUACGGUAAUUUACCGUAAUUCGGAUCCGCUAGGGAAUUAGAUCAAAGACUUAUUUAAAUUUUACCAAUUGGAAAAAAAAAUCAUUGUGUUUUUAUACUAUUUUAAAUGAAAAUACAGUACUUUUAAAUCAAUGAUACAAAAAAAUAUUAAGUUUUAAUAAAUUCCUCGAAAAAAAAAAAUUAAUAACAAUAAAAACGUCCCGUUUAGGUCAUAAGCUCCUUAUUUGUGAGGCAAAUGUUAAAUGUUUUAAAUUUACUACGACUAUUAUUAAUAAUAAUAUAUAUUUAUUUAUUUAGUUAUGGUAAACAAUACUGCAGUGAUAAAUUCAGUAAAUAUUAUUAUGAAAUACUUAUGUAAGAUAUUUUAAUGCCUGUUAAAUUUAAAAUCGUCUAUUUAAUUUUUUUCUAUUGUACACUAGCGUUUUUAAUUAGUAUAUUAAAAAUUUAUGAUUAUUCGCACUUGUUAUUUUGGCAGUUGUAGCAAUGGCAAAUAAACAUUCUAUAAUUUCUGUAACUUUGCAUGUAAAAACAGUGUUAAGUAAUUAUUUUAUAAUUGUCUAUAAAGAUGUAAAAAUUUUUUAUUUUUUAUCUUGAAAAAA